AUGGACGGUCGCUCUGAUUUACCGCGCCGGCCUAUGCCAGAGCAAUUGCGGACCACACUCUCACCGGAGGCUCAAGCGCAGUGGGUUGACACACUCCCCUUCGCAGUCAACUUAAUGCGUAUGACGAGUGGAGACUACUCCAUUCCCCCUGGACUCAAGCAUAUCGAGCCACGAACGAGAUCCGAGGCAGCUUCUGCACGAACAUCUGAUUCACUAGGCGCUCUGAUGGCGUCUCUCAAUAUGAGCAGCUCCCUUGGCCUCGAGGUGGACGGAAAAGCACCAACGUUGACCCCAGGUUCCAGUACGGACGAAGUAACGAAGCUGAAGGAAACUAUUGCGGCAAUGCAAUCUCCGAAAACCACCAUGACCCCAAUAUCGGCUCUCAAAGCGCAGGUAGGAGCGCUUCUCAGCAAAGACCUCUCUAUCCCCUUGUUCAUCUGGCACCGAAUCUCGUCAGCCAUCGACAACGGAGCUCUAGACGUUCACGCCGACAUCAAAGACUACCGAAGCCUGAAGUCACAGUUCGAACCCAUCCUCUGGAAGUCUUGCAAGCUCGCAACGUCAAUCCUACUCUGCCUCGCAGCUCUGCAGCACAAGGCGCAAGCCGCGCUGAAGUUCCGCUCCCGGACCCGAGGAGGAAUGCCGACCCUCAGCCAGAUCCGCACGACACCCUCCGAGUCCUUUCGCGGCGCGUAUGUGAAAGCCAAAGAAGCCGUGUUGAAAGAAGGAAAGACAACCAUCGUAGCCGUAUCGCUCACUGACGUCCAUAUAUUCGAGCUAGCUGCGCGCGGGAAGUCCGAGUCUUGGUUCUCCUUCGCCCACACAUUCGUUGCCGGGUUUGGCCCCGAAGGCUUCGUGGACGGGACGCGGGUUCGGUCGUGGGAUGAGGCUGAGUCUUUUACGAGGGACUUCACUAAGCUCACUACGGGGAAGGGCCAGUUCGAUGCUAAGCGCAAAAAGCUGUACCACAAACUCUUCGACGUCGACCUCUUCCAGGUCUGUGGCCCCAAGGGCCCUGAGAGGCCGCUUGUGCCUAGGUUUGAGGCUUAG